CUUAUCUGAGACAGGUUUUCUUCCAGAUGGUUGUGUGAGAAUGUUUACAAUGGAUUGAUGUAUAUACUUCAAUAUGGCAUUUAAAGAGAAGUUUAGAACCUUCUUGGAGGAGUCGAAGACUAAGAUAUUAAACAAUGAAGAAGAUCUUUCUCUUGGAGUCAUUCUACCAACAGAGGUUGGAGGACGUAGGUCGGGGAUAACAGAUUCAGAUCUAGAGGUUAGUCAGCUGGAAACCGAUCCUCAUGCUGACCAGGAGGUUUUAGAUCUGAUAAAUCCUGACUAUUUCUCUGAUGAGUUUGAUCCUUCCCUGUAUGAGUUGGAAAAACUCCAUGCUUUCUUCGACCAGAGUUCUAUUGACGCUGACCGGAAACUGCUCUUGGAGCAGCUAACCGUUGUCUCGAAGAAGGUUUUUAAACUGAUCCUGGAUAGGCAGGAGAACUGCACUGCACAACUAAAUCAUAUUGUUUCGGUUCAGGUUGACCUACUUGAUCUGGUUGGAACCUGCCGGUCAGCUCGUAGUUCUUUAGGUAGAGCUCGGGGACAGUUUAUUAAUUCUUCCCUCGGUAUUCUAGCAGGAUUCAGGAGACGUCAGCAAGCUCUAUCCCUCCUGGAGAACCUGAAGAUUAUCCAGACCCUGCAGAAGACCGGAGAAAGGUUGGAUCAGCUCCUUUCCGAGGAUAAAUAUGCUGAAGCUAUCAAACUUUUACUAGAAUGUCAGAGUGUAGCAAUCAAUUACAAACACUUUACAUCAAUUAAACAAUUAUCAACAAAACUUCAGGAUACCCUAGUAAUGACUGAGGAGCAGCUGGACGUAUCCUUGGCUAAAGUUUGUAUGGGGUUUGAUACUAUGACGUAUGCAAAAAUACAGGAAGCGUACAGAUUGCUGGGUAAGACCCAGACUGCCAUGGAUCAACUCCUGAUGCAUAUCGCGAGUGCGAUCCACAACAAGAGCUGGAACCUUGUCCACGUCCAUGCCGCGAUGUCCUCGAGUUCGAACCCGGAGGAUCUGUCGAAGCGUCCCUACCCGGAGCUAUGUCAAACUGUAACUGUUGAUCUCUUCUUGCCUUGUCUUCUAGAUCUUUCUAAGGCGCUCUGGGAAAUAAUGUUGAACUACAGGAAGAUCCUGGACUGGCACCAGAACAACGAGAUGUUCCCCGACCUUGAAUCCGGGUCCGAGGCUGAACUCCUUGAAACCCAUCUGCAGAAACAGUACGUGGAGAAGAAACUGGACGCAGGACUCACCAGGAUUUGGCAAGACGUUCAAACUAAAGUCCGAGUCCUGGUUUUAGCUUCAAACCUCUCCGAGUUGAGUAUUGACAACUUUAUCCGGUUUCUUGAUAUCAUCCACAGACUUAUCCAGGUUGGGAAGGAGUUUAGCGGAGCCGACUCCGAAACCCUUCACGAAUCUCUUCAAAAACAGUGCCUAUCCUAUUUUAAAACCUACCACACCAGUAGACUGGAUGAGUUGAAAACCCACCUGGAAAAUGAAGGUUGGGCCUUGUGUCCGGUCAAGCCAAGUUUCACCUUGAAAUCUUUGGUUGAGUUCUCCCACCUGAAACCAGUCAGAUCUCCAUCCAAGAAAUUACCUGGUGAGGACGAAUCCUACUUUAAACGGUUUUGGAACUCUAAAACUCCUUUUGACGAUGCAUUGAAAGAUCUGACCGGAGAGGAAGAUAUUCUGCUUGAUACAGACGAGGACUCUGAGAGUGAUGAAGAUCUUUCCGAGGAGCAGAAGAUGGAGAUCAGGAAGGAGAACGAAGGGAUGAACAAUAACUUCGCCUCCUUGAAGGAGAAGAGUUGGGUUGCUCCUCCUCCUAAGCAAGGAAUAUGCCUGGGGAACACAACCCUGAUGGUUCUCCGGUUAGUUGGACGAUACAGUCAUCUCAUGAACCUUCUUCAUCCUAUAGCAGAUGAAAUCCUUCUUGGAAUGAAACAAUUGUUUGAUUUCUAUCUGUUCACAGUGCACAAGUUCUUCUCCAGUGAUCUCCCCGACUCGGAACCUAGAUCAGCAAACUUGAAGAAUUAUUUCAACAAAAUAUCUUCCCAGAUUUUGUUACAGAAAGUGUCUUUAUCUGAGACAGAUACUCAGGGUAACUCUGUCGUGAAGGAAAUUACCCGAGGUAUUGUUCAUGAGCCCUGUAUGCCAGGUAGUAUAAAUCUCAACAGGAAGGAUACAAACUGUGGACUAAACGAGAGGAUAAUUGGCGUAGAAUCUUGUAUUUACCUCGCAGGACAAAUAUCAGAAUUGCUUCCCAUUCUCUCAAGCUCUAUUCGAAAACCUGAGACACUAAAAGACUUCUCUCAAACCUUGAAUCUUUGCAAAGAAAUCUCUGCUCCGGUCUACUUCGCUUGUCUGUUGAAACUGUUAUGCCUGGAUCAGAUUAUACCUAUCAUGGGAAAGGUAUCCUGGGAGUUAAAAGAGGUUCGCUCCCAACACUCCGAGUAUGUGGAUAUACUGCUAAACCAGCUUCAGAGUUUCAGUAUAAGGUUGGAUAAAGUAUCAGGACACGUACCAAUGUCUCCUUCUCUUAGAAAGGAUUUAUGGAUCCUCUCCCUAAAAUAUUCCUCCAGGGUCUUCGUCGAGGGGUUCUCCUUGGCUAAAAGAUGCACAAACGAGGGCCGAGCGCUGAUGCAGCUGGAUUUCAGACAAUUUGUUUUGAAAAUGGAAAAAAUCUGUGAUAUCCGUCCUUUGCCUUUCCAGAACUUUGUGAGCACUUACAUCAAGGCCUUCUAUAUACCUGAAAGUGAGCUAGAGACCUGGGUUAAAGCUCACCCUGAGUAUACGGCUAGCCAGCUAGUCGCGCUGGUCAAUACAGUCGCUUACAGCAAUAGUAAAACCAGGCAGAAAUUAAAUAGUUUAGUCAGCGAUCUUUCAGUUCGGAUUCGGAGAUAAUGGUUUCAUAAAAGAACAAUUAUGGAAUUUUUUAUUUAUUUUUCUGUUUUGUUCAAAACGAGCCACGGCAUUUUGAGAAAAGAAAAGAUACAAUAUUUCAUUUCAGUAAAAAUUAAUUUAUGGGGUUUUCUUUCUUGUCCUUGGCAUAAUAGUUUACUUGUGGUCGCAUUUAAUAAAUACCGAGAAGUAGUUUAACUAACGAAGCCUAAAUCAACUGCAUUUCAUUAGUUCAGACCUGUUUUUUCCAGUGCUUUAUAGUUCGUAUAAUUUCUAUGAUCAAAUUAUAUCUAAGUAUUACUUUAUUUAUUGCUAAUUGUAACUUUUAUCUAAGAAUAUACACCAUGUGAUUGUGAAUUGUCCAUAUCAAUGUGAUAAAACUUGAAUUAGUUUCGCAUCAAUUCUAAGAUCUGACGUUAUGUUAAUAUAAUCUGUUUUAAUUUAGAUAAAUCUUUUAACUAUGUA